AUGACGAACGAGGAGGAGCGGGGGGAGGACUUAAGUGGGUUGGCGCUAUUGGCAAAGCGCUGUAAAACAAGCCACCCCAAAUAUAGCCCCCAUGGUAUGCGCUACCAAAGACGCGUGACGCAUGGAUGCGUGGAGUGAGGAUUGCUUACGGAAACCUCACAGGUUGGGUGAUGUAGGAGAUCGCCGGACACAUAGACGUGUUCAGUGAUUAUAGCUGUAUACUGAAACCCCACGGAAGGGGAGGUUUGAGAUUGCCAGACACAUAGACGGAUUGAGUGGGGAUAGCUGCUGGAACCCCACGGGUUGAGUGAUGUUGGAUAGUGCCGGACACAUAGACGCGUUGAAUGAGGAUAGACACAUAUUGAACCUCACAGGUUAUUUGUAUUGGAGAUUGCGAGACACCUAGACGUGUUGAGUCAGGAUAGCUGCAUACUGAAACCUCACAGAUGCAUUGUUUGCCAGACACAUAGACGCGCUGCGUGGGGAUAGCUACAGCCUG